CUAUCUCACAGCUGAAAGCUAUUUCUUAUCCUUAUAGUGUUGAAAAAAAAGAACAUAACAGAAGCCUGUUCGAUAUUAUACCAACUACAGAGAUUCAUUCAAAAGUCAGAAUUUAGAAACGACAAUGGUUAGGCGAGAAAAGAAGCAUGUGGCCGAGGCGUCUGAUCUGUCAUCACAUUUGUCAGACACGUCCUCGCUCUCAUCCGAUCCACCAGGAAGUGGUGGCUCAGAAAAAGAUUCAGACGACGAAGACGAUGAUAAUAGAAGUAGGGGCGUGAAACCGAAAGCAACGUCCAAAAAGGCAACAAAGAAGCAAGCAGCUGACAGCAAACGGAAGGCAAAGUCCAAACAGUUAACUACCGCAGCAGCGAAGUCGAAACCAAAUCGACCAAAAAGUAUACCAGAAAAGAAAUUGAAAGAUUCACACAAGAAUCCCUCCAAUGCAUCCGAUCAAUAUUGCAUCUGUAGAGGUGGAUAUAACGGCAAAGAAUUUAUGGUUGCAUGCGAUCUAUGUCAUGAAUGGUUCCAUGGCCGCUGCAUAGGCAUCUCUGAAAAGAAUGUUCCCGACCAUUACUACUGCGACAAUUGCCAACAAGUGUCUGAAGAAGUAACCCCAACAGGACCUGCAAAAAAGGGUAAAAAAUUAGCAAAGGCGAAAACAGGAAAAGCCAAAGCUACCGCAGCAGCCAAGACACAGCGGAAUAAAGCGGAGAUCAAGGCUGAACCGCCAAUAGUAGAAACUGUCAUAAAAUCCAGCCUUGUUGAACAAGAUGCAGAUAUAGACCUUGAAGACGAGGAUUUAGACGACAUUUGCCCUGUUUGCGAUUCUGAAUGUACCUGUGGAAGCAAAGUCAAAACCGAAACCAUCACCAUUCCCGCCAUUGCCUUGGAUCCAGUGGUGCCUUCAACGGCUGGAAACAAUUUUGUACAUGAUAGUGGUGUAAUAGAAAUCAUUGGAGAAGACACAACCCAGCCAAAACGAGGAAAAGCAAAGACGAAAGCAUCAGAGAAGAAAGGAAAAGACAAAUCGGACAAGUCAUCUACCAACAAGAAGCGCUCCAACACGAAAAAGCCUCCAGUUCUUCCCAAACUGGAGAUUGAAGAAGAAUCAAUGGACGAUGAUGUGGCUUCUGUAACGGAAGAUGUUUCGUAUAUGUCAGACAUGUCUGAUGCUGUUCAAUCUAGUGGCUCAUAUCUGGAAGGACCUGUAUAUUCGUAUUCUGAGGGUUCUCUACAUAUCGAUUCUGGUGAUGAUGAGGAUAUUGAAGAAGAGGAAGAAAGAGCAAUGAUAGAGCAAUGGGAACUUUUGCAAGACCAAGAUGAGUUGAGCGACAGUUCUUCUGAAGAGGAUUUCGAUCUGGAUGAUGAAGAGACCAUGGCUAUCAUGCUCGAAGAUCAAAUUGAGUCCGAUGAAGACAUCUACACCAACGAUUUCAUACACCAAGUCAAUCGAUGGUCUUCAGACGAGGACGAUGAGGAAGAAGAAGGGUACGAGGAAGAAUUGGACGAAUCGGAUAUAGACAACGUCUUUGACAACGAUGAAGAGAACUUUGAUGACGAUGAUGAGUACGAUUCUGACGAUGGCGAUUCUGCUAACAUGCAGUUCUCUCCAUUCUUUGACGAAAACACCGAUGUAUCUGAGCUACUGGACAAUAUUGCAGCUGCUUUGGCAUUAUCCAUAUCUCUCCCUAGUGAAACUGGCGAAGAAGCUUCCGACUUGACCCAGCAGCUACAGCGUGCGCUCAUUGACGCUGGAAUCGACUUGUCAACCAUUGAUGAACAACAAUUGGAAUCCUCCAUCUCAGAAGUCGAUGAACCUGUAACGAGCAUUACACCUGCAUCCAAUGACUCCGACGUUGACGUUACAGGAACUCCUGACGAUAGCACAUCUCCCAUCACUCAGCUUGAACACCAACCUACGGCGCCUGCUUUAAUUGAAGAAAGUGAAAGUGCUACCGCGUUAUCUCAGUCUUUGGUGUCUGACCUUCUCUUGGCGUCUGGGCAGGGAGCGGGCAGUAAAAUCGACUCUGAGCUUAUUGCAGCAGCUGUUCAAGAUAUUGUCAAUGCUGCAACUGGAAAUGCUAAGCAAGGGAUGUUAUCUUCAGCACAAAAUAACAGCGCCUUACUUGAAGCCUCCCCUCUCACGCCAAAUUCGGGAAUGUCAUUUGGGGAUACAGUGACGCCCCCUGUACCCGAGUCUUCGUCAUCAUCGUCUCUGAAGAGAGGUUUAGAAGAGGGGGAUAACAGUGAUCGCCAACAGAAGAGACGCUUGAGUAUCUCCAAGGAGCAAGCUACUAAUACAGCCGUCAAGGAUGAGAUUGAGCAUUCAGCCGUUCUCAUGGAUGACUUGGUCGAUACGUCCCGAUUAUAUACGCGCUCAACUUCUCGAUCACCGUCGCCAGAACCAGCAGAAAUAAAUCGAUUCUCUCAAGAUCUCUCGCGCUGGCAGCGAGUUCCUAUCGGUACGUUCCGACGAUCAAGACGAGUGUCUGCACCGAUGAUUCAAGCGUCCGCUGCUCUGAAAAGUGGCAACGAUGAGUUUGCUUCGACCUUACUGUGUGAUUUGGAGGAUAGUCCUGCAACCAAUGCUUACAAUGCGACGGUACCCAAAAAACGUCGAAGACCGAAGCAUCGCGGUCGAUCUGCUGCCAAGUCCAUGAGUGACCUGGCCAGUAUCAUUCAAAAAUCGAAGGAUUUGUUGCCGGCCAACUUCAAUGCUUUACAAGGAGACCAAGGUUCUGGUGCCUUAGCGUCUAAUGGCAUGGCAUCCAAUAGUGCUUUACCAUCUACCAUCUCCAUAGCCAUUGCCAAUGCUGUCGCCGCUAUCAGACAAUCCAACGGUGGUCGUAGACCCAUUCGGCAAGGUUCACUGAGCUCCGGAUUGGAUACCGAUCAACCUCCAAGUUCAGCCUGUUCUUCUCCACUCUAUUCUCCACUGUUUGCUGGUAUUCGAAAUACUGAUUUAUCUAUCCCUGAUUUACAUCUUGACGAUGUUGUAGCCGAACUACAAAAACAAGAAGAAGAGAAAUCAGCUGCACAACGAAAAGGUAGACGACCAAGCAAGCUAUCUUCGGCAUUAACAUAGAGACCCUUGGCCUCUUCUUUUUUCAUUUAUAGAACUUUACAAGUCCUUACCCACUUGAAGGACUGAGAAUCUUUUUUGUUUCUAUUUCUUACGCAUUUCCUUCCUUUUAUUCCACUCCACCUAUUGUGCUUUCUUUCUUUUGAUCGCUUUUCUCAUCUCAUUAUUUAUUGCCCCUGUCUUCUCUCACUGUACAAUU